AUGAGGGAAAUUUUGGUAUUAUAAUUAGGUGGUUUUGGUAAUAAAAUGGGAGUGAAAUUUUGGGAGGAAAUGUUUAAAGAUAGCAAAUUUGAAAUCGAUAAUAAUUUACAUGAAUAAAGUAACAUUCUUUAACUUAAUACUUCUAAUGUUGUUUAUUAUAAUUUAUAACAGAAGAUACCACUUCCUAGAAGUAUUUAGGUUGAUCUAGGAUAGGAUUUACCAUAAACAAAUAUAGAAUUAAAUCCAUGUAAUCAGUUCUCAUUUAAUUACUCUUCUGGCAAUAAUUUUGGAUAUGUUNAAUCUUAAUAAUUGAUUGAUUACUUAUGUGAUGAAAAUAGAGCACUUUUAUUAAAAGAAGAAAUUUAUCAAAAUAUAUUAUACAAAAUCAAUUCAAUUAAUUAAAUUAUAAGAAUAGGAUGUUAUGUAAAGCUGACUAUUUAUAACAGUAUAUAAGUAUAAUUAAUAAAUUAUAUUUAAAAUGAAUAAAAUUUUAUUAAUUGCUCUUCUGUUAUUAUGUAUCUCUGGAAGGAGAUUCCAUAAACAAGAUGAAGAAAAUCUACCAGGAUAAAAUAGUGAAGAAGAAUAAUCAUAGUCCUAAAAUGGAGAAGAUUAAUAAAGUGAAGAAGAAAACAGUUAGCCAGCUGAUGACUGGCCUACAGGUGAGGAUGAUGGUGAACAUUAAUGGACAAGUGAGGAGGAAGAAAAUGGUGGAGAAGGAGAAAAUAGUGAAGAGGGUUAAGGAGAAGGUGAAGAUGAAGGAGAAGGUGAAGGAGAAGGUGAAGAUUAAGGAGAAGAUGAAGACCAAGGUGAGGGAGAAGAUCAAGGUGAAGGGGAAGGACAAGGAGAAGAUUAAGGUGAAGGAGAUAAUGGAGAUAAUAGUGAAAAUGGAGACAAUGGUGACAAUGGAGACAAUGGUGACAAUGGAGACAAUGGAGACAAUGGUGACAAUGGUGACAAUGGAGACAAUGGAGACAAUGGAGAUGAAAAUAGAAAGUAGAGUAGAGUCCAUAAAAAAUUAAAUGAACACUUUAGAGGAAGACCUUGAAUCAAUAACAUUUGAUCAUAAGAUUUUCUAACAGUAAAUGUUAAAUCAAAAUUUA